ACAGCAGAGCAGUGGCAGGGAUUCCAAAACUCUAAGGGAUGGGGAUAGUUGAUGUCUGUCCCAUGGAUAGGGUAUCCCAGUGGGCCUGGCUUGAGAUGGGAGAAUGUUACAGCAAGACAACUGUAGCCCCAGGCUCUGAAUCCCUUGAGACAUACAGCAUGAUAUCUGGAAGUUCAUUGUCAGAGACACAAUCAAAAAAAUUAACGAGAGAGUCGCUGGACACUGGACAGAUGGCGUUGACUUUGGCCCAACUUGAGACCUUGGAACUUUGCCUAAAGGAAGCAGAAGAAAAGACUAAAACCUUAUCGGAACAGCUUGCAGUCUCUGAAGGAACAAAAUCAAAACUGCUCGAACAAAUUACUUGGCUGGAGGAAAAACUAAAGGCUCUGGACCAUAAGGAAGCCAUUUGGGGACAGCAUGAGAAGAUGCUUCUUUUGAAAGACCAGUGCAUUGAGAACCUGCAAGCUGAAUUAAAAGCUUCCGAGGAGCAACUCAUAGCCUAUAAACUAAAGCACAAAAAGAAAAUGAAAAAACUAAAAACUGAUUUGGCAACAGCUAAGCAAGAGGCUGCCUUCACAAUCAUGGAACUCAAUGAGAAGAUAAAGAUGCUCUAUGAAGGAAAGCCAGCCCCUAGAGAAGACAACUCGUCAGAAGAAGAGUUCUGUGGUGGUCUCCCUCCUAUAGAAGAGAGUGAUAGGAAAAUUAGCCUCAUCAUGGAACUGUCGACCCAGCUUUCCUUUCAGACAGAGAAGAUCACUGAGUUGGAAGAAGAGUUGGAGGAGAAGGAAAGGAUAAUUCAGCAGCUGGAAGACAAAUGGGAGCCCCAUGUUUCCCAAAAGGAGGAAAACUCUUCAGAAUGUUUAGAAGAAACCCCAAUUUUCUUUAAUCAUAGCAUCCCUCCUAUGGUCUCUGAUUAGGAUAAAGAAAAACAAUAAAAGUUUAUUAAGUAUCCUCAAGGUAAAGUCCA